GCACGUGCACCCACAAUGACCUUUCAUACCACAUACCCCCAGUGCACCUGCACCCACUCACACACAGUGACUUCACAUGCACCCACAGUGACUUUUCAUACUCCCCCCCCCCCCCCCCCCACACACACACACACACACAGUGACUUCUCGUGGUCUCCUCGUGACUACAAUCUAGCCUACUGGGUGCCUGAACAUGGCCAAAUCCCUGCCAAGAUAAUCGUCCUGGAGAUGCCUUCUCGUAAUGAGCUCAGCACUAAGAGUCGACACUUGGUAUCUGAGUUCAAGCUGCAUUGGCACAAGCAAGGAGAUUUCUUGGCGGUUCGAGUUGACCAUUUCCUUAACAAAAGCAGAAAGCAACUGUGCUACAGUCUGGACAUCUUCCACAUGACGGAACCUCUUAUUCCAGUGGACACCAUUGAGAUCAAAGAACCGGUUGUGGCGUUUGCUCUGGAGCCUCAGGGGUCAAAGCUGGCAGUCAUCCAUGGGGAGCCCCCCUUACGAAUACACACCACCUUCUAUCAAAUCAACAAGGGGGGAAAGCCCACCCAAAUCAAGACCCUCGAGAUUUUGGAGAACACAGCUGUCAACAACAUCUUCUGGUCUCCUAGUGGACAGUUUGUGGUGCUGGCCAACCUAAAGGGCCCUGAGAGUGGUCACCUAGAGUUCUGGGACACGGGGUCAAUGACCUUGAUGAACUCUUCCCAGCACCAGCAGGCCUCUGAUCUGGAGUGGGACCCCUCAGGCAGAUACGUUGUCACCUCUGUCAGCGUCUGGAAGCAGAAGAUGGACACUGGAUUCUGCAUGUGGUCGUUCCAAGGACGGUCACUCUAUCGCAGCCCCCCUAGCUUAGACAAGUUCUGUCAACACCAGUGGCGACCAAGACCCCCCACAUUGCUCGCCGAGGAGCACCUCAAACUGAUCAAGAAAGACCAGAAGAAGUACUCUCACAUGUUCGAACAGAGAGACAGGACCUCCAAGAGCAAAGCAUCCAAGGAACUUCUUGAGAAGAGAAAGAAGAUGAUGUCACAGUACAAGGAAUACCGCCGUAAGGCGGAGCAGGAGGCGAGAAAGACAAAGAAGAUGCUGAUAGAAGAUGGUGUGGACGUGGGGGAGGAGGGGCAGGCAGAGUUAGACUACGAAGAGGAAACCUUGUAUAUCCUUGUGAACGAGACAAAAGAAACUGUGAACAAUAAUGAAUAGAGUGUUAGAGCUAACUUUGCACUUUCUAUAAUAAACUGUUGCGAGUGCUUUACUAGUUAUGACAAGAUUGUACAGUGCUACUGAAAUUUAUUACUUUAGAGCGAUAAAUUAUAAACAGUGUAUCGUAUAUUAUUAGAAUGUUUUG